AUGGGCUCCUGGUCCCUCUACGACUACGAGCCUAGCAAACCCGCCGCUCUCGUCGCUAUACUCGCCUACGCCCUCAGCUCAAUCUACCACAUCUACCAACUCGUCCAGCUCAAGGCCUACUUCUUCACCAGCUUCAUCGUCGGCGCAAUCAUGAUGACAAUCGGCUACAUCUCCCGCACCAUCUCCUCCAACGGCACCACCGCACUAGCCCCCUACAUCGCCCAAAACAUCUGCAUCCUGCUCCCACCCUCCCUCUACGCCGCCACCAUCUACAUGAUCUACGGCCGCGUCGUCAUCCAUCUCCGCGUACCCCGUCUCUCGCUGAUCUCGCCGUACAAAGUCACCAAGAUCUUCGUCGUCGGGGACACCAUCGCGUUCUUGACUCAGGCCUCGGGAGGCGGUAUGAUGGCCAUGCAGGAGCUGGCGAGUAUGGGGCAUAAGAUUACCAUUGUGGGGUUAUUUGUUUUUUUUGGGCUUUUUCUGACCGUCACGGGGACGUUUGUGAGGAGGUUGGGGAAUAGGGGUACCGCGGGGAGUCAGGUCCCUGGGGAUGUGAAGAGGUUGUUGACUGUGUUGUUGGUUGUGUCGGGCGUUAUCAUUGUGAGAUGUUUGUAUCGGAUUGUGGAGUUUUGUCAAGGGAAUGAUGGGUAUUUGAUGCGUCAUGAGGUGUUAAUGUAUGUUUUUGAUACGAUCCCCAUGUUUGGCGUGCAGGUUGUUUUUCAUUUCUUUCAUCCUGGGGUGAUACUGGGGCAGGGGAGGGGGUUUGAGGCGGUGGAUGUUGCGAUGUAA